UGCAGCGGAAGUAGCAAAUGCAGUCGUACAAGAAAGAUUGACAAAAAAUAUGUGACAGAGAAAGUACAGUAUUUUCAAAGACACUGAUUCAAAAGAUUUUCAGAAUGGGCUGCCGCAGUGAAAGUGGGGUUAGGUGCUUGAGAAUUUUCGUCAUAACCGAUGCUAUAUUAAUAUGGUUGAUUGGUGGAGCAAUAUUUGGUUUUUCUCUCUGGCUAUUGGUUGAUUUCUUUGUGAAUGAGUACCAGGCUGCAUCAGAUGACCUUAAACAGUCCAAGUAUGUCAUCUACGUGUUUGUGGCAGCAGGUGGAUUCAUGGUCGUGUACAGCCUCAUUGGAAUCAUUGGAGCCAUUAAACCAAACUGGAAGUGUCUCCUUAUCAUUUAUCUGGUUUGUCUGGUCCUGUCUAUGCUGGUUCUCAUUGGAGGGACUGUGUGGUGUUAUGUAUACAGACAUGAGAUUGAAAUAAAGCUGAAGAAUACCUUUGUGACGAUUGUUCCAAAUAACUAUGGAAAAAACACAGUGGUGACUCGGGCCCUUGAUUUUAUGCAGAGUGAGCUUCAGUGUUGUGGUGGACAAGGCUACACAGAUUACAAGAACUCUGACUGGAGUAACAACCUUCAGAUUAAUGAGAACAUAGGCUAUACACAGGACAACAUAGCUCCACUCAGCUGCUGUAAUUACUAUGACAGGAACAAAGAAACACAAGAUACUGCUUAUCAGACCUGUCCCAUCUGCAUGGAUCAACUGUCUGGUCAAAAUCCACUUGUCUGUAGUAAUGUCAACCCUAAGAUAUGGAAAACACCUUGCAAUGAAGCAGUAGUCAAAUUUUUCAAAGAAAAUUUAGGGAUUGCUGCAGGAGUGGCCAUAGGUGUACUAGCUUGUCAGCUGUUUGGUAUUAUUUUGGCCUCUGUGUUGCUUCACCUAUAUAACAGCAGAUACACACCAUAUGAUGCAAAUAACGAUGAUGUAGUUUAUGAAAUGGCCAGAUGUCAAGAGAAAUCCCCUUAUCCAACACGAGGGACAGGACCCUAUGCCAAUCUGUACAAUAACUAAAUGAAGAACACUGCAAUCAUGUCAUCAUAACCAACAGUCAUGUCAUAAAAAUCAUCAGCACCGAACCAGCACAUCACUUAGGCCAAACAAAAAAAUAUGUGUGGUUCCGGUUACACCUCCAAAAAAAUUAGGGUAGGUAGGUAGGGAUUUUUUUUUUUUUUUUCCCCACAAAAUGAUUUUCUUAAUUUUCUAAAUAAUACCUAUUACUGCUUUGCAAAUGACAUUUAGAUGUAGUGUGAUAAUAUACACUGUACUAGUCAAUAUUGGUAGGGGACACGGUCACACCUACGUGCUAGCUUGCUUUGGAUUUAACACUAUUAAACACUUGCACUAUGUUGUGCAAGGAGGCCAUCAUUGCUAAAACUUAAAGCAGAGCCAUUGAUGGAAAUCGGGGAAAAUUUCCGGAAAAAAUAUGAAAAUUGCCAAAAAAAAAAAGGUUAGGGUCGGGGGUAUAAAAUAGAGACGGUCGGGUAACCGGAACCACACAUAUUUUUUUAUUUGGCCUUACAUGUAAAUGUGAAACCAGUGAUCACACCAUCUUCAAUCUGGCUUCCAUCUCAAAUUGCUGCACCAGCUUUAAAGCUAGCAUUCCUGAAUGUGAGUCUUCAUUUGGAUGCAUUUAAUACAGUAGUUCAGAUCAGCAUUUAUAGGUAAUGAAUCUAUUAAAUUAUCUCACUGACAAAUCUAAACACUUUUUUAUGGAGAAUUUAAAGAGUUAUAGAUGUAAUGGCUGUACUUGAUCAUGUCAAAAUUGAUUGUCUUUGGAAUUUUUCUGUCUCUCAAGGCUAUUACAGGUAGUAAUUUCUUGAUAAAAACUUUAUUGUAUGUAAUUGUUUUGUGUGAUAUCUCCUUGAUAAUUUGUACCUAGUCGUUGGAAGGUUUGAUAAGAACAUGACAGCUAUUAAUUGAUGCACUACUAUUUGUUAUUUUUGUAUUAAAAAGAAAAUUUUAAAUUCAUUUCAAUGCAUGUAAACGUAUGUUAUAUCUGACUCAUUGAUGAGUAUAACUUGUUGGUGAGUCUCAUGUUUGAGUGUUUAUUUGUAUUUUUAUGUCUAUCAUGAAUCUUUUUCUUAAGAAGGGAUGUGCAAUAAAUGUUGUUUCACAGGUGCAACAUACACUGUAUAUUUUUCUCAAUAGGUACACUAUUACCUAUUGGUAGGUACUCCUAGGAAAAGUCAAAAUGAACACUGUACUUGUGCUCAAAAUAUACAUGUAUUUAACAUUUCUACAAAGUAAGAGUCAACUUCUUUUUACAUUCAUAUACAUGUAACAAACCUAAUUUUACACAACAGGAUAAACCAUUAAUUGUAUGAAAAGAUUUAGUAAUAUUCAUAAAUGUACAUGUGUAUCUUUGUUUUAGAAAACAUUAUGGAAACUUUCAAGAGACAAGUUUUUUUUUUUAAACCUGUCUUUACAUGUGUUACUUAUGUUGAACAAGAUCUGAGCAGAGGUGGAUUGGAAUGUUUUAGAUUUUGUACUAAUCAUUCACAGAAUUCAUGUAUUGGACAGAAAUGUAUUGAUAGAUUCAUGAUCAUUGAUGACAAACUUUCAUUUGUUGUAAAUUUUCCAACUUUUACAUGUUGUCUGUUAGAAAUGUAAAUAUGAUUCAUUCAUUAGGAUCAUUGACUAUGCCCUGUAGAAUAGUUUCUAUUGUAGAAUAGUUUCCAUUUUCACAUGUAACUUUGUAGUUAAUGUGCUAUUCCUUAUUGUAUAUAUUCUUGCUUAUGCAAUGUUCGUAUUAUUUUGAUGUCAUACUAGUGAGUCAUAUCAAAGCCACCAGCUAAUAUAGCCUCAGCAUCCAGAAAAUAAAAACCACAUUUCGUUGACUUUUAAUCUUUCUGUUAAUUUGUGCAUAAUGAUGUUUAGUUUGUAGAAGUAAUAUUAGUAUGUUGCAGAUAUUUAUAUAGUGAAAUGGGAUUUGAUUUUACAAAAGCCAUAUGUUAUUGUGAUAUUUUUUCCAGUUCUAUAUAAAAGAAAUGUAAACACAUAACAUAGGAAAAGGACUGGAAUUAACUAGGUUUUUGUGUAUUUUAUUCUGCUACAAAAAGAACUUUCAUUAGAAUUAUAUAUGAUUUUAUAUAUUUACUUUUAUUAGAGUUAAUAUUUUAGCAUACUAAAUUUAGUGUUUUGUAUUACAAACAUAGAAGUAACAAAAUAAUUUACAUGUAUACUUGAAGUAAAAUAUUUUGGAAUGAUAUUGUUUGAACUUGAUAAAUUUGUCAAAACAAAAUUUUGAAAUACAAUGUAUGGCACAAUAUUUUGGGACCACAUUGAUAAAGUGAGACCAACGUUUUCAGUUAGAUGUAAAAUAAACUUUAUAUUCUUGACAUCUCUAAUGUCUUUCAAUUGUCAGUUGUUUCAAAUAUAUGAUUCUAUUAAACAUUUUUCUAUACUUUUAUGACCUUAACAUUUGUUUUUAACAUUGGCAGUUAUUACCAAUGGUUGCACUCGCAGAAGCAAAAUUUACAUGACUUUUAAUUCGAUUUUGUAGAUUGUUUAUUUACAGGUUGUCAUUUUAAUGAUUUGAUUUAUUCAAGAUGUUUUUCAGUAUUUAUGAAUUAUUCAUUUUGCCCUGUGUAUGUAUAAUCCAUUGUAUAGUCUAGUAGUGUUCCUAGUCUCAAUGCCGUUGCUGUAAAUCUACUCGGUUUUCCUGCUUUUUCCUAAACCAUGGAAUUCAUGAAAAAUGGUCAUAUAUAUCCCUGAUCAAGUAUAGUGAAAUAUUUCCUCUUCAUUGUAGUUACAUGUAGCAAAAGUCAGUCAUUUUUAAGAAUGGGAGGUGAGAGGGGCUUGAGAAUUUUACAGAAUUGUCUGAAUUUUACAUCAUUUUGCAAAGUGUAGACAAAUAUGUUUUCAUAAUACAAAAACUUGGAAAUGGAACAUUAAUGUUAAGUUACAGAGGUGUUUUGAAUUAAAAGUAAAUUUAUUCACAAUAUUGAAAACUAGUGAAGUCCUCAAUUUACAUAUAAACAAACAUGUUUUAAAAGAGAUGUGACUGGUCUGUAAAUGUAGAUUUACAGCAAUACUGUUCUUAUCUUUCUCUGUUCAUUCUGUAAUCAGUGAAAAUCAUCUCUCCACGUUAGCAUUACUGUAUUGAAAAGACAUGGAGCAUUUUAAUAUAUCCAUAUUGUACUAUAUGUAUAUUAUUGGUUGUAUACAGCAUAAAACAGGUUGUUUAGAUUGAUAAUUUUUAUAACUUGAUUUUUUUUAUUACAGUAUAUUAACUGUACCUGUCAAGCAAAGAUAUACAUCUUUUUCAGUGGUGUUGUAUUUUAUAGUAACUUGUAAUUUUUAUUGUGACAAUAAAAGUGUUAGACAUAAAUAAAUGACUAUGUGUUUUUGUUUACUGGUUGUAGAAGGAAGAGCUUAUUUGAUGGUGUAGUGUCCAUUAGCCAUCCUCUGUCUAGAUAUUCAUCAGUAAACAUUUUUUUUUAAAACUACUCUUCCUACAGCUUUUGCCACA